AAAAACUAAAAAGUUAUAAAACACAUCACUACGUUUAUUUUUAACACUGCUUUGUUUCUUACAUUAUAAUUAAUCUUCCUUUUACCCCUCCCCUCCCCAGGGACAAUUAAGUGAGAGCAUGGACCACGGAGGACUUGGCCAAUAUGACCUUGGCAUGGAACAUUGUGAAAAAUUUGAGAUUUCAGAAACUAGUGUUAACAGAGGUCCAGAAAAGAUCCGACCAGAGUGCUUUGAGUUACUACGCGUACUUGGCAAAGGUGGCUACGGAAAGGUAUUUCAAGUACGAAAAGUAACUGGAGCAAAUACCGGGAAGAUUUUUGCCAUGAAAGUUCUUAAGAAGGCAAUGAUUGUAAGGAAUGCAAAAGAUACAGCUCAUACAAAAGCAGAGCGAAAUAUACUGGAGGAGGUGAAACAUCCCUUCAUCGUAGAUUUAAUUUAUGCCUUUCAGACUGGUGGAAAACUCUACCUCAUCCUUGAGUAUCUCAGUGGAGGAGAACUAUUUAUGCAGUUAGAGAGAGAAGGGAUAUUUAUGGAAGACACAGCUUGCUUUUACUUGGCAGAAAUCUCAAUGGCACUGGGGCACUUGCAUCAAAAAGGAAUAAUCUAUCGUGAUCUGAAGCCAGAAAAUAUCAUGCUUAAUCAUCAAGGUCAUGUAAAAUUGACUGACUUUGGAUUAUGUAAAGAAUCUAUUCACGAUGGAACAGUCACGCACACGUUCUGUGGAACAAUUGAAUACAUGGCCCCUGAAAUCUUGAUGAGGAGCGGGCAUAAUCGUGCUGUGGACUGGUGGAGUUUGGGGGCAUUAAUGUAUGACAUGCUGACUGGAGCACCUCCUUUCACUGGGGAGAACAGAAAGAAAACAAUUGACAAGAUUCUCAAGUGUAAGCUCAACUUGCCUCCCUACCUCACACAAGAAGCCAGAGAUCUGCUUAAAAAGCUGCUAAAAAGAAAUGCUGCCUCACGUCUAGGAGCUGGUCCUGGGGAUGCUGGAGAAGUUCAGGCUCACCCGUUCUUCAGACACAUUAACUGGGAUGAGCUGUUAGCACGGAAGGUGGAACCUCCCUUUAAACCUUUACUGCAAUCUGAAGAGGAUGUGAGCCAGUUUGAUUCAAAGUUUACACGUCAGACACCUGUUGAUAGCCCAGAUGACUCUACUCUCAGUGAAAGUGCCAACCAGGUUUUUCUGGGUUUUACAUAUGUGGCUCCAUCUGUACUUGAAAGCGUAAAAGAGAAAUUUUCUUUUGAACCAAAAAUUCGAUCACCUCGCAGAUUCAUAGGUAGCCCUAGGACACCAGUCAGCCCUGUAAAGUUCUCCCCGGGGGAAUUCUGGGGAAGAGGUGCUUCUGCCAGCGCAUCAAAUACUCAGACACCUGUGGAAUAUCCAAUGGAGACAAGUGGAAUAGAACAAAUGGAUGUGACAGUUUGUGGAGAGGCCUCAGCACCACUUCCAAUCCGACAACCAAACUCUGGGCCAUAUAAAAAACAAGCUUUUCCCAUGAUUUCCAAACGACCAGAGCACUUGCGCAUGAAUCUAUGACAACACAAUUUUUUUUUUUUUUAAGCCUUUAAAGGUGGAAAACAAAGAAUGGACAUAAGCCCCCUUGAAGUUGAAGUGUGAGGGCUUGUAUGGUUUACUUUUAAAAAGUGACAGUAUCAAAGAGUCAGUCAUUGCACAGAGCGACUUGGAAAGCAAAGAAAAAUGGAUUUUUUUCUGUCAAUCAAUGGUGCAUAAAAAACUUUAGAAAAUGGUAUUGCAGAACUCUAGGCACAUCGUCUAAUCGAUUCGCAGUGACAUCUUCUCACCUUAUCAAGGAUUUUUCAGCUUGAUAGCUUGAAACUGACAGUAUUAAGGGUCAGGAUGUUGCUUCAGAAUCACUGGUCUAGUUAUGAUUGUGUCACGGAGGGUUAGCCCUUUCACUAGGCAAAGUAUGAAAUGCCUAAACACUUGCGUCUGAGGAAUAAUUAGCAUGCAAGCUUGGUUAAGCUGUUUCCUACAAUGGGGUGGAAUCAAAGAUGAAAGAUAAACUUGAUUGGUAUUUCACAUUCAAAACCUAAUGAGUUUUUUUUUAUAUAUAUAUAAAAAUAUAUAUUUUUCAAAUAGAUUUUUUGAUUCAGCUCAUUAUGGAAAGUAUCCCAAAAUUAAAAAUGCAAAAUAAUUGGUUGCUGUGAAUAAAAUAAGGACUCUAGUUCUGAUUCUUCUCCUGGUGAAAUAAAAAUUCAGUAAGUGGAUCAUUUAAUUACAAAUGUGGCAUUGUGGGGUGGGAGAGAACUGUUUCACUUGCUUACCCAGCUGAAAUAUCUGUUACUGCAAAUACAAACGGAUCUAAUCAAAUGGCAAUGCUGCUAUGUUCUAGGCUUAACUGGAAGCAAUGGGCUCACAUACACGUCCUGCUUAUUUCAUCCUUGUCCUCAUCAGACAAUUUAACUGGGAAACAUCACCUUUGUAUAUGCCAGUCACUUAGAUGGAGACAGCUGAAUAUGUUCAGAUUCUUACCCGUGUAAAAGGUCAGGAAAAAGUGCAUCUGAACACAAGGUCAGUAGUUGUGGAGGAUGUACUACCACAGGAAACUGUAAGUUCUACAUAGUGUAAGCAAGCAAACCUUUUUGUAAUUAAUGGGUAAGAAUUUGAGGGAAUUUUUUUAAAUAAAAUUUUGCUUAUGGGAGUUCCCUGCCAUUAUACGUUUCUAAAUUAAUCAGAACAUUUUUUUUCUAUGCUGGGGCAAUAAAUUUGCUGAUUGUAUGAGAAAAAAAGUGUUAAAUGGCCUUUCAGUGAAUGUCUUCCACAGUGGGUCAGAACUUUAGCAACUUAAUUUAGGAAACAUGUUAAGGACACUAUUUAUGUUUUUGAAAUUGUCACAAUCUGUACAAAUGACUUACAGGUACAAAGAAUAAAAUAAAGGUAACUUUACCUUACUUAAAUACUUCCUGCCUUAAAGAAAGCAUUUCCAUGAACAUAGCUGGUGAAAGGGUUAAUAUCUGCAGAGCUUUACACUAGUUAGAGUGAGUGUAUGGUGUGUGCGUGUGUGUGUAUAUGAUCAUGCAACUGCAUACAAGUCCUGUCACUUUUUGCCUGCCACAUGUUGCAUUAUCUGUAGUCAAACUGUGCAAAGUCUACUUCUAGCGUUUCACAACAGUAGGGAUUUUUUAUAGAUUCUGCUUACUCUUAUGUAUACCGAAUCUUUUUGAGCCAUAGGAUCCAAGCCAUAAACUCUCUAAGGACGUUGAAUCCAGUCAGAGUGCUGUUUUCUAAAAUUUACUAGCCAGAAGGAUUCAGUGAUAUCUUGGUACUAACAAAGAAACAAGAAAAGAUAUUUAUGACUGAGUAAAAAUUAGUGGUUUUUUUCUUCCUGAUAAGCCUUUUGUUCAAGACUUUCAGUUUUAUAAGGAAAACCAAGUUACCAUAUAGUGCUAUAAAUUGUACUGGAAGAGUGCCAUUUUUUUAUUUGGUAACAGGACCACCAGUGACAUGUUUUGAAACUAAAAUCAUAAUGUUCAUGUCUGUAUGUAUUAUGUAUAUUUGCAAGUAGGCAACACUUCAAGCAGUGUCUGCUGUGUGCCACUUGUUAGCAUAGAUUUCCUAACAUGUUUACUGAUUUAGAGGAACUUAAAAAAAAAAAAGGGGGGGGGGGCUGUUUCUGUUAUUUUUAGAAGCAGAACGAUCUCUUUUGGUCCUAGGUACAGCUAACAGUUGCUCUUUGGUUGGCUGGAUAUAAUUGUCCAGUAGAGUUGGUUUAGUAUGGCUGGCAAGAAUGGCAAGAGUUGUUUGUCUGAGUUCACUGCUUAAUUCUAUAUACAAUUUAUCAUACUUAAAAGUAAAUUUCAUGUACUGUUAAUGUUUCAUCCCAUGGAUUAUAAGUUUAAUUCCCUACCAUAACUGUGAAACUUUUGGAGUGUGACUCAGACAGCAAGCACACACUAUGCAAUAUGGUUUAUCCUGUAUUUAUUUGUAAAAAUAUCAGACAUAGAUCCUCUAUAUAUAUAUAUAAUAGUGUCAAAGUUACUAGUCAUGAACUAAGGGGAGUAGAAUUCUAGCUCCUGUCUGGCUAUUUCAGAUAAGUGCAGAAUGCAUUGAAUAUUGGAGAGCUUAACAAGUGCUUUCUUUUGUUCAUUUAAAAAUGUCUUAAAUUUUUCAUUAGAGUAUAGAAUCUUAUUUUUUUUUAUUUUGUACAAGCUGCGCUUUUUUAAUUAUAAUCACUGAAAAAUUCACUAUAAUUUGAUUUUAUAGGAUUUUUGUAGCAUUACAAAAAUAUAGUAAAACUGAGGUUAAUACCUGCUGUGGCUAACCAUAUAAAAGUAUUAAAUCUUGAACAAAAGUCAUAUUUUUUUUACUAGAUGGAAAUAGGGGAAUAUUUUGUUCUGCAGGUCAUUAUCACAGAAGGCUUAUAGGUCAGCUGUGUUACCAGCAGUUUUUCUUUUCCCAUUUGAUGCAGAAAAUAUUCCGGUAUAAGAUAUUUAGAAUUUCAUCAUUUUUCUCUGUGGGAGUGAUGCAUACAUUUGAUGCCAUUCGUGUACUAAAUUGUAAUUUGGGGAAUGCUGGAAUAAUUCCUACCAAGACUGUCUUAAUUGUGCCAUCUGACAUUUGAAUGUCAUCCUGGUAUUAGCUCAUAAUAAAAGAUAAAAAU